AAAACCCAAUUUGGCGCCGCAAAAAUGCAAUUUUUAGGGUUUUGGAGUUCUAUUAAAUUGGUUGUUACUGGUUUCAUAGCCUCGCUCGUUUGGGAAGCAUUUCAAUGGGAGUGAUCGGAAUCUCCAACGCUUGCUCUACUUCGAUCGUGAUAGCCCGCGGUGGAUUAGGGUCUGGAAGGCGAAAAUUUGGUUGUUGUAUGGCUUCCGCGGUGCCGGUGGAACAGUUGGAUGGGUCCCAGAAUCCGGUCACUGGCGAUUCCUUCAUCCGUUUUCAUCUGAGGAAAUUGUCGCCUUAUCAAUCGAUUUUGCCAUUUGAGGUGCUAUCUACACGUCUCGGAAGAAAGCCUGAGAAUAUUAUCAAGCUCGAUGCAAAUGAAAAUCCAUAUGGCCCGCCUCCGGAGGUGGCAGAAGCAUUGGGGAAUCUGAAGUUUCCUUACAUUUACCCUGAUCCUGAGAGCCGACGUUUGCGUGCGGCACUUGCUGAAGAUUCAGGUCUAGAGUCUGAUUAUAUACUUGCUGGUUGUGGCGCAGAUGAAUUAAUUGACUUAAUCAUGAGAUGUGUGCUUGAUCCAGGUGACAAGAUAUUGGAUUGUCCCCCAACAUUUACUAUGUAUGAGUUUGAUGCUGCAGUGAAUGGUGCUUUGGUUGUUAAAGUACCAAGGCUACCUGAUUUUUCUUUGGAUGUGCCUCGCAUCAUCGAAGUUGCAGGACAAGAAAAACCCAAAUGCAUUUUCCUUACCUCACCAAACAACCCAGAUGGAAGUGUUAUCAGUGAUGCAGAUCUCCUACAGAUACUUAAACUUCCCAUAUUGGUUGUGCUGGAUGAAGCAUACAUUGAAUUUUCAAAUUUGAAAUCAAAGAUGGAUUGGGUAAAGAAGCAUGAGAAUCUGAUUGUUCUUCGAACAUUUAGCAAAAGAGCAGGUUUAGCUGGACUUCGUGUUGGCUAUGGUGCAUUUCCGCGUAGUAUUAUAGAAUACUUAUGGCGAGCUAAACAACCAUACAAUGUGUCUGUGGCUGCAGAAGUCUCUGCUUGUGCAGCCUUGCAGAACCCUGAUUAUCUUGAGAGAGUGAAGAAUUCCCUUGUGCAAGAAAGAGAGCGGCUGUAUAAACUUCUGAAAGAAGUGCCAUUCUUGAAGCCAUUUCCAAGUUAUUCUAACUUCAUUCUUUGUGAAGUUACAUGUGGAAAGGAUGCUAAAAAAUUAAAGGAAGACCUGGCACAAAUGGGUGUGAUGAUUCGUCACUACGAUAAAAAAGAACUGAAGGGUUAUGUUCGAGUCUCUGUUGGAAAGCCUGAGCACACAGAUGCCUUAAUGGAAUGCCUGAAAUUUCUUUGAUGAUCCAUAAAAUCGGAACCUGAUUGGUUUUUCUGAUUUAUACUGUAUGUACACUGAUCUCUAAUUAAGAUUGGAGACAGGAAUUUAUCUAUCAAUUAAUCAGCAUUUCAUGUUGUACUUUCCUAUUGUUAUCUAUCAAAAGAUUUGAAAUUUAAAGUUA